AUGCACCCAAUAAAUCCCCGACAAGCCAAACACCACGCGCUGGCCGUCAUCAGACCAGCCCCGAGGGCAAGGACAGCCCGCCGCCCCAGUGCGUCAGUGAACAGUGUCAGGAGGAAGCUGACCCAGAUGUCGCCCGCGGGCGUCACCGGCAUGAAGAGCCCGAUCUGCGUGUUGCCAGUGCCCAGAGGCGUCAAGGUAGACGACGGGAAUCAGGUCGACACGCCGCAGGCGAGCAUGCGCGCAUCGGAGCUUGACGUCAAGCGGGGAGCUGUGCAGCGAGGUGAGGCCCAACUCCUCGAGGGCGCGGUGGAGCAGGGUUUUCCCCCUGGGCGGCUACGGCGGCUUGGCUGA